AUGGUGAAAGUUGAAACGUACAAGAGCGAAUAUCCAACUUCAUAUUUUCGAUUGGAACCUUUGGAGUCUGCCGGUGCCGAUUCGGAAUCGCCACUAUUGCUCUUCCUUCCAGGCAACCCAGGCUUGGUCGAGUACUACAUCGAUUAUCUUCAGUUGGUGCAAGCGGCGUUUCCACAACUCGAGAUAUUGUGUGUAUCUCAUGCUGGCUUUAGUACCACUCAUGGGGAAGGGCCGAAGGAACUAUACCCACUUUCGAAGCAGAUAUCACAUAAGUUGGAAGUGUUACGGAAGGAGGCCUUCGAUGGUUCUGGUUCUAAGCGUCAAUUGCUGGUGAUGGGUCAUUCCGUCGGAUCAUGGAUACUCCAAAGGGUAAUUCUGGGUGUUUUGGAUGAUUCAGACUUGAAUUCGAGUUACGAAGUGGCGUUUGCUGGUCUCAUCACCCCAACUAUCACGGAUAUCGCGAAGAGUUCCAAUGGCAGGAUACUCAAGGGGCUUUCUGAGCGGAUUUCGCGUCUUCCGAAACUGGUCGGGCAUCUGAGUUUUUUAAUCUCGUGUUUACCGAGCUCGGUAUUGGAAUACUUGGUGGGGUUGAAGCUUGGAGCUGCUAGUAGUGGAUCUUUGGCUGCCACCUGCAAACUGGUGACCUCUCCUUCCAUUGUUGAACAGGCCCUUUCGCUAGCAUCAGAGGAGAUGAGAGUGAUUGGGGCAGACCAGAGUGUUAAUGAGCGCUUUUUUGGAUGCAAAUUUGAGAAAUGGGCCUACUUUGCAGCCGCAGAUCAUUGGGUAGCGGACGAGACUCGCGGAUUGCUGAUGGAGCUUUACUCAGAAAACGUCGACACGGAAUUGGGGGCAAAAGGUGGAAUAACCCACUCUUUUUGUGUAUCUGAAAGCAAAGAGUUUGCUGAGAUUACCAUUUCUGCUCUUGAGAAAGCUGCAGUGCUAUGA